ACAGUAAUAGUAAACGUCACUUUAUUUCGUUUCGGUGGUGUCCUUGUUGGAUCGAAUUUAUUCACAUUUUCUCUCUAAAAAUUGGUUUAAAACUUUAAAAUGUCUAAAGUUACAUUCAAGAUUACUCUCACUUCGGACCCGAAAUUGCCAUUCAAAGUAUGGAGCCAGCUCUAGAAGUCUACAGUGAAUUUACGCCGCAUUUAUGAAUAGAAAAUGGAGAAGGCUGUUGUCCUUCAGUUCCUGGACUUCUUCCAAGACUUUAUUAACUUAUGCCACAGUGAGAACUGGCCCAACAAUAACACAACAGAAGAAGAAAUCAAAAAUGCUUUCCUUACCUCUCAGCACAUUGAGAAAUGUUUAGACAAACUACAGAAAAAACAUCUCUUAGAUAGCUUUUUAACUGUACUGAAUGACAAAGAAGAUAAUGCAGAUGUGUUCAUCAAAAAUUGCAUCUCAGAUCCACCCAAGAGUAUCCUGAAAAAAAUAAUUAAUAGUAAAACAAAAAUUACACAAAUGGAUGUGGGAUUCAAGAUAUUUUUACAAAUGUAUUCAGAAGAUAAGCUUCAGAGAUAUUUGACUGAUUUCAUAGUAGAAGCUGCCUCUAAGGAGACCUUGCUCAAACAUUUAGGGGAUUUCUCAAGUGAAAAGUUAUUGAAGCUGAAGUCUAAAUUGCUUCUUGCUGAGCUAGUGUCAUGUGAGGAUCCACAGGAGCCUAUUUUAGAAAUGUUACGAAACUGUGAUCAAGGUACAACCGAGUUGUUAGUCCUAAGUUUACUUAAUCAAGAAGUUAAAUACAGGGAAACUGUGUCUAAAAUUAAAGCCACAUUUCUUAUGGCUAUUUCUAGCAAAUCUGAUAAGACAUACCAGAAACUCUGGAAGCACCUUUUUAGUAUUGAAGAUAAAGAUUUGUUGGAAUUAUGUUUAGAAUACAGUGAUUUGUUUAAAGUGAUGUCAAAGGGACUUAUUGAUUGUAGCAAAUUACUUAGGGAGCAAAUGUCGGCAGAGUAUUUUUACAUAAACGUAACAUAUUCAGAAUUAGUUCUAGCAACUCAAAAACUAUGCCAAAAUGCUAUUUUAAAGGAGGACUUCUUUGCUAUAGUUUCCGAAAAUUCUUCAGAUCUGAGUUUUUGGGAGAAUAUGCUUUUGUAAUCAUGUUUUUUGAAUAAGUGCCUAAAUUAUGUGGUGGACUUUUAUACAAUACUCUUGAAUUAUGAAAGUUAAUAAACAGUAUAAUUAUUUAGUAUGUA